GCUACAUAUCUAUCACCACCACCUUUCACUCGACAACUGCACCACUGAUCUCGCUCUAACUCGCUAUAAAUCUCUAUUGCCCUUGAUUUGUUGCUCUUCUGCCUCCAUUGAACUCCCGUGGUCUUUAUCUGCGGGUUUUGAAGCGGUGGUGGGACUGUAACUUGACACCCCCGAUCUCGUUAAGGAACUACUAAAGCUUCCGCUUCCACCAUCACCUAUAUUAUUCACGAGUCUUUAUCUGCGUUGCCAACAACCCAACCACCACACUCAGCUCUACAUAUAUGAAAACUCAUUAUUCACUUAUCUCCACUAUUCCUACUCUUGUCUAUAUCUCUACCCCCCACCAGCCACUUUGAUCCUCCGAAAUACUUCACUUCUUCUUGAUACAUAUCUCUCCGCUUCACUCCAAUCGCCCCGCCUGCCCGAUCCCCCCGCAAACGGGCACAAAAUCACAGAAACUUGAAGACAGAACCACUACCAGAUGAAGAACCUAAAAACCAAUAUAUUGCAACCAUGGCUUACCUUAAACCACCCUCAAACCCCAGAGUCGUCCCGAUUAUGGCACGAAGCAAAUCCGCCUCGGCUGGUCCCGCAAGUACCAGGAAGCGUUCUCCUGAAGACAGGGCCAUGAAAAAGCAUAUAGAGAUGGCUAUGGCCGGGAUGCCUACCAAGGACAGUCUCAAGUUGGAAUGUCUUGAUUACUUCAAGCUGUAUGCUAUGCCCGUCUUGGGCGAUGGAAAUUGCCUCUUCUACUCCCUCUCAGACCAGUUGUAUGGAGAUGUCGAGAGCCACAUUAAAAUCCGAGCACGUUUGGUCCAACAUAUGCGGGACAACGCCGACUACUUCGUACACUUUACCGCCGAUGUAGGCGGAGAGCGUCGAGCUCCCAGAAGGAGCGCUGCUCAAGCUGCCCGCCUAGGUUAUGCCAAUGUAGACAGAGUUGCUACUGCAGAAGGGCAAGCAACUAAGUUUACACUCCAGCUUGACGAGAUGGCGGAAAAGAAUUCUUGGGGUGGCGCCCCUGAAAUCCAAGCCUUUUGCCAAGCCUAUGGCCUGGAUGUGCUGCUAUAUUCAAAGGACGGAGUUCAGAGAUUCCAAAGCUCCUUUGCUGAGGCAGAUCCCAACCGGGAGGUUAUACAUCUAGCUUUUCAUGCGUUCCAACACUAUUCCUCAGUACGGAAUCUCGAUGGACCCCAUUUUGGUCAUCCAAAGCUCUCAGCUCGACUUCGGGGGGCAGAUAUUAUCUACAGAGAAGCCCAACGCAAACAUCCGAAGAUUGACGAAGAAAUUAAGUCGGAGAUUGCUCCGACAGAGUUCCCAAGUUCCCCCACCAUUAAUCCAGCUGAUAUGCACUGGAUGAUAGCCCUCAUUGGACGAGAUGAAGUCCCAGCAGAGGAUGACGGGCCAUUCACCACCAUGAUUGAAGAGCGUAACCCCAAACUCCCUGUCACUCUUAACAAAUCAGUCGAGAACGAGAGCCGCUCCUCACCCAGAUCACCAAUCCCUUACACAACUACAAACCCUCCCUUUCCUGCUCGCAGUAGCGGCUACUACUCCAAAUCAUCGACAAUGAGUCCAUCCUCCGGAGUUGGCUGGGAUUCUUCCUCGCGCUCCUCUUCUCGCCAUAGCGUGAGAAGCAAACGGUCCGCAAACGACAGCGACCUAGACGACGAAGAUGGCAUUAUCUUACCCCCUACCCGCCGUUGCCGUGGCAGGUGUCCAAAACGUCGUAUGCUGGAGGAUGUCACAGUUGAUAUCCUCGGGGAUCUCGGUGAGGUCUUUGCAGUUGGAGUUAAGAAUGACAAUGACAAUGAUGACAAUGAGCUCGAAAAAUGCAACAACCCCAAUCGAAGUGACGACCACCAGAAUGAUAAAACCCGAAAUGACGAUGUUAACACUGAGCGUGUUAAUUUCCACGGCCAUACUGGCACAAGCACACGCAAUCUGAGUGCCGAACCUGUCGUGGGAAAACACCACAUCAAGCAGAAUCAGACCAACGUCACCGUGGUGAAAUCGAUCGAAAAGGAUGAUAAUGAUCGAGAUGGCAACCUAAGUAGUGACGGGACCUUAUCGCCUAGUGCCAGUCAAGGCUCGGAGGCUACGAACCCUAAAGACGAUGAUACCGAUGAUGAAUAUGAUGAUGAGGAUGAUGAUGAGGAUGAUAGUAGUGAUGGUGACGAUGACAAUGACAGCGACUAUCAAGACGACGACGACGACGAAUGAGACCUACGGACCCGAGCAACUUUACAUAUAACAACGCUACACACAUCCAUACAUACCAGCAUCCAUCCGUACAUACAUUACAUACAUACAUACAACUAAGACCGCUUGAAAUUUCAUCAAUAAACAACCUCCGAAUAUUACCUUCACGUGGCACAUCUCACAGUGCCAUCAUACAUUACCGCUUAAGCAUUUAUCGCCGUGGCUCCCUUUAUCCUAUCCUAUCCUAUCCUCCCAUGUCGCAAGUCCACCUACUCCAUUUAUCUUCUCCCUCUCCCGCCUCCCACCGUCUCCACCUUUCAUAAUGACGGCGCUAUAUUGAACGAUUUGUUAUAUCCCUUUCAUCUUUCCCUUGCCACUUUCCGCUAUCCCAUCCCCCAUCGCCCCUUUCCGCCUCGUCACCUGCCUCCCAUCUCAUCCUAUUCCAUCUUAUCUCUCAGCGCGGAGUUUUCAUCAUUGGGGUGAUAAUUUCUAUUUUCCUGCAUAAUGGUCCCACGAAGUUUUUUCAAUUUUUUCCUUGCGCUUUUUGUAUCCCUCCAUCCCUCUUAUGCAUACACACACUCCCACGCUCCGAGGUUUCCACUUUUUUUUAUAUGUCUUUCCAUUUUACUCAUUUGUUUGAACUACUAGCUCAUCAUCAUCAUCGCAUUGGCGUCGCAUUGUGUCUUUUCUUUUCUUUUCUUUGCCUUUUUUGGCGGAUGGAUACACAAAAUCUCCGUCGCCCGCUUACACCCCCCGAUACAAACCCAUACACCAUCAUAAACAGACCAUACACAUACGUGGAGAGCGGUUUUUUGUUUCCAUACAUUUUUUGUUCCUUUUUUUUUUUUUUUUUUUUUUGAUGAUCGCUAUGUUCAUGUUUGGUUCCCCAGUCUGGUGUUUAAAUCUCUUAUAACAUGUUUUGUUUUCACUUUUCUUUUUUAAUACCCUCUGCCUACUGUCUCUUCCUCUUAUUCCCCUUCUGUCCCUGUUCAAACCAUGUCAAACUGCAUCAAUCAUCACAUUCCCCUUCUCCCC